AUGGCCAGCUUUGCCGAUGAGCUGCUCGCCGAUUUCGGCUCGGACGAAGAGCAAGAGAUCGCAGCCCAGGCCAACGGCGAGGCUCAGCCAUACAUCAGCACUUCCACAGCCGACGACAGCAUCAAUGGCCGCAAACGAGCGCAUUCCGAAAAUGGUCAAUCCACACCACAUACCGGAGAUCACCGCGAGUUCAAACGCUUCCACCUCGAUGACGCAGACCUCGACGACCUCGAAGACGGCAGUGAUGAUGACGACCAGAUGCAAGUCACCGACUCCGACACCCCCAGCACCACCUCAACCUCCACCGCCCAAACCCCUGCCAUCCAACUCGGCCGCAACUCCAUCCUCCCCACCGCCGAACGCGACCAAUCCGAAGUCAACUCCCUCGACCUCGCCUCUACCACUUCCAUCCGCACCCUAACCUCACUCCUCCGCUCGGGCAGUCAAGUUCAAUCCGUCCUCUCCCAGAUCGACCACUACAUGUCACUCCCCGAACCCGACCUCGCUGGCGUCCUAGAAGAUUCACCAGAAUACCACCUCAUCGUAAAAGCAAACAACAUUGCAGUUGAUGUGGAUAACGAAGUCAUGGUCGUCCACAAGUUCAUUCGUGAUCACUACUCCCCUCGCUUUCCUGAGCUUGAAACACUGAUUCCUAGUCCAUGGGAGUAUAUUCAGGCGGUGAAAGCUAUUGGGAAUGAUGAAAGUAUCAGUUCUGCGAAAUUAGAAGGCGUACUGCCGCAUGGGACGGUAGUGGUGAUUAGUAUGACUGCUUCUACUACCUCUGGUCGGCCUUUACCUCAGUCGGAGUGGAAUGCGGUACAGGAGGCACUGGAGAUGGUAUUUGAGUUGGAGGCGGUUAGGAAGAGAAUUUUAGAGUACGUUGAGUCGAGAAUGGCUUUUGUCGCUCCGAAUCUCUCCGCGGUGGUUGGUACACGUACCGCCACAAAACUGCUCGGUGUAGCAGGAGGGUUGGAAGGAUUGUCCAAGAUCCCCGCAUGUAACGUCCACCUCCUCGGAGCAGCUAAAAAACACGCAAUCGGACUCUCCACGGCAGGAGCAAACUCCUCUCGCAGCAACGGAUUCAUCACUCAAUCCCCCCUCAUUUCCGAAACACCAGACGACUAUAAACGACAAGCGAUCCGAAUGGUCGCCGCCAAAGCACUCCUAGCUGCACGUAUGGAUGCUGGUAAAACAACUUCCCGCGACGGCUCGUACGGGUUGAAGCUGCACGAAGAACUUUCGAAAAAGCUGGAAAAGCUUCUCGAACCGCCCCCGCAGAAACUCGAAAAAGUUCUCCCAGUCCCCAAAGAAGGUUCUGGCGGGAAGAAACGUAGAGGAGGUAGGAAAGCUAGAAAAGCGAAGGAAAGGAACGGAAUGACAGAGUUACGCAAAAUGCAGAACAGAAUGGAAUUCGGGAAGCAAGAAGAAGAAGCGUUUGGAUAUGACGAGAGUGUUGGAUUGGGUAUGAUUAGUAGUAGCGCCAGUGGGAAGGUGCGGGCGCAGGUAGCGGAGGAGAGGAGUAAGGGGAAGAUCAGUAAAGCGAAUAAGAAUAGACUUGCUGCGUUGAGGGGGUCGAGUGGGACAAGUUCGGUGCUUGGAGGUGGGGGAGGAGGGGGAGGGGUGAAUGGGACAGCAAGCAGUUUGAGUUUUACGCCUGUACAGGGGAUUGAGUUGGUUGAUCCUAGUAAGAGGCGGAACGGCGGAGCAGGGGCAGAGGGGGAGAAUGCAAAAUGGUUCAAACAGGGUCAGUUUUCGUUAUUGCCUGGUGCAAAGGGGACAGCAUUACCGGGGUCUAUGCAUCCUCCGCCACCACCAUCGAAGUGA